ACUGCAGUGUAGAGUUCAAAGCCUCCAGACGUCAUCAAAUUUUGCAUUGCGAAAUUUAAACUCGAAGGAAUCAGUCAAGUGGAGUAGUAGUAGUACUAGUAGUAGGGCUAAGUAGGCUAAGUUAGUAAGUUUAGUAUAGCUAGGCUCAAUUAAGUUAAUUAACUAAAUUGGCUAUUUCAGAUUUACUUAUCAUUCAUCAUUCAUUCCCAUUAUUAAUCAUCAUCAUUUAUAUGCACUGUGACUCUCAGUACUCAGUCUCAGUAGCCUUGAGUCUUAAUCUUAACAAUUUUAAAAUAGCUAAAAAAUGAUUAUUAAAUAAUUAUGAGUAUAAGUAUAAUUAUAAUACUCAAAGUGCCAACCAAAUGAAAACUUUAACUUUAAUAUCUAGUUGUUAGUCAUAAUAAAAGACUAAAAGUAAAAGUGCAGUGCAUUUAGUGAAAGUGAAAACAAAUUAAAUAUUGUAAUUAAUUUUAAUUAUUGUUCACUGUAUCCGUUAAACAGAAAGUCAGCUUGCUUGCAGUAUCGUAGAAUUUAUUUCAAUUUAAUGUUACAGCUCCACCCUAAAAGUUUUAAAUAACUUUAUUAUUUAUUAUUUAUUUCAAUAUCAGAAUGGCAGCUCCACAAGCAGUUUAUCCUGUGCCUGGUGUUGGGGCCAGCCAACUUGUCCAAAAAGUUGAGCUGAGAAUUUCAUGUAAAAAUCUGCCAAACCGAGAUAUUGGUUCUCUGUCAGAUCCAUGUGCUGUUCUGUAUUUUAAAUACCAUGACAAAUUCAAGGAGGUAUGUUAGUAAGGGAUAAAUUGUUGAUACUCAUCAACUUGUUUGGGAAAACUCUUAGUUAUAGUUGAAAUUUGUUUUUUAACUUUAAGAUAAGAUAUUUUUAUUGAUCCAAAUAAAUGGAAAUUUGUUUUUUACAUUCAUCGUACAUAUUUCCCUCAGCCCUUGAAAUGUUUGUUUGUGUUUUCCAUUGCUCCUGUAGCAAGACAUUCGCCGUGUAAGUGUGCGGUAUGAAUAACUCUUGAGUGAGAACAGUCUGUGAUUUUUGUUUGAACGAGGUUUUCUUCUCCAAGAUUAUGGGAACGCCUUUUGUCUGUAUUCGAUGUGUCUUUAAAUAGUUGGUUUGAACUUGCCUUUUGUUUACAAGAUGGCGUCUCAAUAGUUUCCAAUAUGGUGGCUAUGGAUGUGUCUUGGUGUAUGUCAACGACGUCCAAAAAAUCCAUGUAAUCACUGUUCAUUGCUGUUAAAAACACAAGAUAAUAUCCUAAUAUUCAGAAAUAGACUAUAUAACCUAACACAAGCUAUAUAAAAUGAAUUUUGUGUGUACAUUAAAAAAAUGUAUUGGUUUAUACCAUUUUGGAUGGAAAAAACAACUGCAUUUGAAAAAAAUCAUAGAUAACAUUUUUUUUUUGUAAAGAAGUAGUGAGUAUAAUGACAUGAUUUGUAUAUAUAAAUAGAAAAUGUACCACAGAAAGUGCACGAACCUUAGUGUGCCUUUUUACCCAUCUUAAUUUUUAGUUCAAUUGAAUUUACCAUAAAAGCAAGGGUCUAACUAAAAGGGCAUUCAUAAACGACAUCACUCAUCUAGGGGGGGGAGGGGGGUCACACCUUUGUGGCGAUGUGAUAUUAUGGGUGUCUUAAUUUUGUGUGACCCAAUUGGUGGUAAUGAGGGGAGGUCUGUCCAAAAUCAGCAAAAUAAAAUGGGUCAUCAUUUAUUGAUGGCCCCUAUGUUAGUUAGCAAUCAUUGUAACGUUUUAAUUAUUAUUUUGAAAAUGUGAAAGCUCUUGAUAAAUAUUUUUUUAUUCCAGUUUUCCAGAACAGAACAUGCCAAAAACACUCUGGAUCCAAAAUUUACAACACCAUUUACAGUAGAUUACCACUUUGAAACUGUGCAACAUGUCAGAAUCAGGAUUUUUGACCUGGACAAUACAACUGAGAAACUUGAUGAUGAUGACUUUCUGGGUCAGAUGGAGUGCACACUUGGGCAGGUUCGCUAAUUUCUGAUAAUUAGUUCUCAAUAUCAAAUGAAAAAAUAGUUAAAAAUUUGCUGCCAUUCUAUGUAUGUCUUUUCAAACUAAAUGAAUGAGGCCAAUAUUAUUUAUUCCCUCUUUUAUAUAUAUAUUGUUUGCAUGGUAUCAUCGAUAUUUAAAUUAUUUUUUUUUUACUAUAACCUUGUUUCAGAUUGUUUCAAAAAGUCCAUUUACCAAGACUCUGACACGAAAGAAUGGUCAAGAUAUGUCCAACUGUUUCAUAACAGUAGGUUUAAAGAAAUGAUUCCUUUAUUUGUAAGCAGGCUGCUGAGCUCUGGCUUAAAGGUUCUAUAGUUUUCAUUUUUAAUCUUUACAAGUAUAAUCUCAAAUCACAAUAAAGUAGUUAAUUAAUUUUUUAAGUUAAACAAAAGUAACCAUGAUUUUGUUGUUCAUAAAAAGAUAUCAUUGCAUUUCUUUUGUGCAGAUCAGCGCUGAGGAAAUUAAAGAAGGAUGUGAGCUGGCUCUUCUGAGAUUUGGAGCCAAAAAACUAGAAAACAAGGUAACCGAUGUAGCUAUUUCUGUGUAACAAGUUAACAAAUGUAGCUUUUUCUGUGAAACAAGGUAACCAAUGUAGCUAUUUCUGUGAAACAAGGUAACCAAUGUAGUUAUUUCUGUUAAAAAAAAUUUAUUUAAAACAUUGAUUAAAUGUAAAGGGAAUAUUUUUGUUAAAGAUUGACCAUUCCCAGAAUUUAAAUUUUGUAAAUAAAAUAUUCCAAACACAUAGCAAGCAAGCAAAUAAACGCAAUAGAAUUUAAAUCUAAGAAAUUUAGAUUCUGACUGGACUCUACCGUUAACACAUGGUUAUCUUUAUAGGACUUCAUGGGAAAAUCUGACCCAUUUUUGGAAGUUUCCCGUGGUCUACCUGACGGAACCUGGCAGGUUGUCCAUCGUACAGAGGUUGUGAAAAAUAAUCUAAACCCUGAGUGGCGCCCCUUUAGUGUGCGACUUCAGUUGCUCUGUGGUGGGGACAGAACCAGACCCAUUAGGGUAAUGUUAAAUAGAGCUAUCUUCAUCAAUCAGCAACACACUAUAAGAUUCUCUUAUAAACAAGACAUACCUUUAUUAAUCAGCAACACACUAUAAUAUUCUCUUUUUAAAAAGACCUGCCUUCAUUAAUCAGAAACACACUAUGAUAUUCUCUUAUAAUCAAGACCUGCUUUUAUUAAUCAGCAGCACACAAUGAUAUUAUCUUAUAAACAAGACCUACCUUUGUUAAUCAGCAACACACUAUAAUAUUCUCUUAUAAACCAGACCUCCCUUUAUUAAUCAGCAACACACUAUAAUAUUCUCUUAUAAACAAUACCUCCCUUUAUUACUUAUUAAUCAGCAACACACUAUAAUAUUCUCUUAUAAACAAGACCUGCCUUAGUUAAUUGGCAACACACCACCAUAUUAUCUUAUCAACAUUUCUUAGAAACAUCUUUCUGAAAUUAAAUGUUAAGCUCAAAGGAAAAUUCCAUCAACAUUAUCCUGCCAUAUUAUCAUCUCAAUGAUGUACACAGAAAAGGUUUUGAGAGUGAAGCUGAAUUUUUAUAAUUUUAUGGUAUUAAUAAAAAAUCAGAACACUUGCAUUACAUGUUAUUUUUUUUUGUGUGUUUGCUUUAAGCACAUGAAAUUGAAUCUUUAUAAGUUACUUUGAACAUCACUGUCAGGCUUUAAAAUUAUUUCAAUAUUUUUUUUAUGUAAGUUCAUGUGUGACUGAAAGUCUCUAAACUUGUGGCUUUCAGUUUGAUGUGUUUGACUGGGAUGGUGAUGGGUCUCACGAUCUUAUCGGUGGAUUCACCUCCACACUUGAAGAGCUGAGCAAAGCAAGUACUGGCCAGGUGACUGCAUAAAAUAUUUAACUUGCCGUCGCAAACAUCUUCAUCUUCUUCUUUGCCUUUUUCCAACUCCCGGAAGAGCAUGGGACGGCAACAAUAUCUUUCUAUGCCUUGCUGUCCCCUGCAAUCUUCUCUGAUGACUUUCAUUAAGCAUGUCCUUCACCACCUCUGAGAUAAGUCUUGUAUUUAUGUGAUAAUCCUAAUACUGUUUUUACCAUUGUAUCGAUUGUCUUCACUCUCAAUCUCCACUGAGUUGGGCUUGAACCCCAUGUAAGGAAAGUUUCUAAUUAUAUAUUCUUGUUUGUUCAUUGAUAUAUUGUUCACACAGAAAGGCCUGUUGCUACAACAUUGUGUAUAAUGUUAUAAAGUGUUAGUUUUACUUCCCAUAUGUGUAUAACCAAUUUCUUGUUCCUUAACAUACCAAGCAGGUAACUUGGCCAUGUGUAAAUGAGGGUAAGAAGGCCAAGAAGAAAGGCUACAAAGAUUCAGGCACUGUCAUUCUCAAUUCUUUUCAGGUAGGAAUAAUAUAGUCUUAGAGUGUAUAAAAGCUAUACAUGUAUGCUGUUAUUAUAUGCCUUUCUUUACUUAAGAUCAAAUACUUAUUUUUUUAAAAUUCUUAUUCUAUUACCAAUGCUGAGGUUCCCAAACCUUUUUGAGUCACAGCGGCCUUAUUGCAUACAGAUUUUCUAAAGGCACCCCAUGUCAAAAUCUAACAAGUAUACUAAAAUAAUAAUUUUUUUUAAACAAUUUGCAUUCUCACUGUUUAGAAAAUCAGAUAAAUUUAUAAAUACCACAAAUGAGAAAGGUCUUUCAAUAACUACUUGAAUCACGAUAUUCUGUUGAUACAAAGUUCUAAAACUAAUUCAACACUAAGACCCCACAAAAAAGUUAUCACUGGUUUGCACCAAGUCCGCUAGAUGUAGCGUAAUAUUACAUAAAGAAAAUUUGUUAAUACGUGUAGCACCUCUUUCCAAGGUGCAGCGGUGCACGGUUAAGAAAUCUCUGUAUGGGCACUAAGUUGUGAAAGUUUUGAAGAAAAUUUCUUCAUUGAAGGAUCUUUCAGGGAACAUUUCUUAGGCCCAGUUUUUAAAUUAUUGUUGUUUCUGUAGAUUCAAAAGGAGCACACCUUUCUGGAUUACAUCUUUGGCGGUCUACAGAUCAAUUUGACUGUAAGUAUGAGAAAUGAUUAUUAGGAUGAGAUCCACAAUGAUAAUCUUGUUUUGAACUGACUUAAAAAUAAUAAACUCAUAUUGAACCGACCCGACAACGAUAAACUCAAAUUGAACUGACUUGACAAUGAUAAACUCAUACUGAGCUGACUCGACAGUGAUAAUCUGUUAUUGAACUGACUCAACAAUGGUAAUCUCACAUUGAACUGACUCAGCUGGUUGAAAUAAUACAAUUUAAUGUUGCUCAUGCUGAACUCCCUUUUCAUUUUUUAUAUGACGUCAUGUUCUAAAUGUUUUAAGCCAAUAAAGGAACAAUUUUAAAAAAAAAAUAUUUGUAAAAAAAAAAUAGAUUAAGUAAUUAUUUUGACGAUUGCUGGCAAAUGUUUGUAUGACUAAGUUAUUUCUUACAGUAAAAUAACAGUAACAAAAUUUUACAAGUUAGGAGAGAGAUGUGAAGAAGUUACUGAUUAUUUGGGGGGGGGGGGGGAUAGGUUUUUUUAAAAGAUUUAAUAAAAUUUAAAAAAAAAAAUUUUUUUUUAAUAUUUUUUUUAAAAAAAAAAUUUUGUUUCAAUAUUUAUUUUAAAAUGGCUUGCAACAUACAGUAGAUGUUGAAAAUUAUUACCCUUCCUCCUAACUUAUGAUAAUCAAAAAUGAGCUGAAGGUUGAUGUAUAAACAAUAUCAAAUGGGUAAUUAAAUUCCUGCUGAGCCACUGUCCAUUUUAAAAUGCUCUAUUCAGCUUUGAGAGCUUAACCAAAAAAAAAUUAUUAAUUAAUGAUAGGGCUGUUUUCUCAUUUAAUGAAGAAGGAAAAAAAAACCACAAGUAAUGAAGAUUUACAAAAACUUCAGAUAGGUGUUGACUUCACCGCCUCAAAUGGAAAACCCAAAGAACGCGGCUCCCUUCAUUUCAUUGACUACCAACAUCCCAACGAGUACAUGCAGGCCAUCAACGCUGUGGGCAGUGUACUUCAGGACUACGACUGGUGAGAUUGAAGUGUGACCUGUCCAUGAAUGACCAACUUAGUUUCAUUGCUAUCACCAAAGCCGUAAAAUCUUAUUUCUAUUAAUGGGUAAUGCUACUAACGAUCAUAUUGAGAGACAAACUACUCACUGGCAUAAAAGUAUUAUUUAUGAUAAUUUCUAGUAAAUCUUCAUUAAAAAAUUAAUUAAACCAACACCCUGGGUGUCUUGUCCUCAUCCUUAUUGUGAUGAUGGGAUAGAGACAAUGGCCAAACACACAGGGACUAAAAAAUGAAAAUUCAUUUACGUCAAUUAGGUGCCUCUAGAACAGUGGUUUUCAACCUGUCGGUCGCGACCCCUUACAUAGGCGUCGCCUAAGAUCAUCGGAAAAACAUAUUUAUGAAGUAGCAAGGAAAAUUUUUUUAUGGUUGGGGGUCACCACAACAUGAGGAGCAGUGUUAAGGGUCGUGUCAUUAGGAAGGUUGAGAACCACUACUCUAGAAUUUAGGAUCUUGAGCUUAACUCUUCGUAGUUGUUCCUCUCAUGGAAACUCAACAUUAUAGUGUGAAAUGUUUUAAAAAAGAAAAAAAAUCAUUCUCUUUACCAUAUUUUCGAUACCAGGUAUUAAAAGAUCAACACUUAAGAUAUUUUGAGUAACUUAUAUUUACUUGACAUUUCAGGGACAAAAUGUUCCCAGCCCUGGGGUUCGGAGCCCUCAUACCACCAAGCAUGACUGUGUCCUUUGAAUUUCCCCUGAACUUCAAUCCACAAAAUCCAUUUUGUGCAGGUGAAUGGAAAUUAUGUGUUUUUUUGUUUUUUUUGUGUCAUCAAUUUAUAGUUAGGUUUUAUAGUUGAACAGGAUUUAACAGUUAAAUAUUUCAUAUCACACCAUCCACUUCAGGUAUUCAGGGAGUCCUCAAUGCUUACGUCAACUGUAUUCAACAAAUUGAGCUUUACGGACCGACGAAUGUGGCUCCUAUCAUAAACCAUGUUGCCAGGUUCGCUGCUGAUGCUCAAAAUGGAGAACUGCAGGGGCGAGGGGCUGCGGUAAAUAUACUAAUUCUGUUAUUGUUGUACAAGUGUUUUUAUUGUUAUACAACAGUGUCAGUUAUUGUUGUACAAGUGUUGUCACUUGUUGUACACCAGUGGUCAGUUAUUGUUAAACAAAAAAGUGUUGUAAAUAAAAUGUACAUGAACAUCAUUAAAACAGUUGUAAAGUAGCACAGUUUCUCAAGGGUGUACUUGAUUCUGUGUGAUAGGAACCCUGUUAAUUUCAAGAGCGUGGUUGUACUUCUCAUAGUUCUAUUUAUGCUCUUGUAAACUUUCACUAUGUUACUAAUAAUAGUACCUUAACUGGUGAAUAAAUUCUAUUUAAACAACAAUGAAAUGUCUUGUAUUAUAUUACACUGGACAAAAGUAAAUACAUUUUUGUCUGCUACUGGGGCAUUUAUUGUUUGAUUUAUACUAAAGUGAGCGCUGUCAUUCCAAAUCUGAAGUCAGAUUUUUUGUCGGACAUCAGGAUUAAGUUAUGCAGCUUCAUGUGAACAUUAAAUUGUGCGUCAUGCGAAAAAAUUACAGAGCUAGUACUUGCUUAGAACUGUGGAACAAUAGUCGGAGUAGUCAUUACAACACAACAAAGUGCUAUUAUUUUAUAACUUGAAAUUUAAAUUAAAAUUUCAACCCAUUUCCAAUAUUUAAUUUAUGUUUGUUUUAUUAAAACAAACAAAAAAUAAAAAAAGGUCCUUAGAAAGUAUUAAUAAAAAAACAUGAAGUGGUUUUAUAUGGCGUGGUACAAUUUAACAAACAUAAGUGGUACAGUCACAUUUUAAAAAAAAAGAAAGAAAUUAUGAUAGUUUUUAAAUCUAAUAUAAAUAUAUGUAUCUUACACAGAUGAAAGCAUACCUUUCAAAAUUUUUGUCUUCAGCUUAACCUAUGUGAGUUCAAAAUCGCUUUAGGCACAUCAUCAUGCACUUGUGAGUGGCGCUGUUCCCUGCUGCUGAAACUAGCAACAGUCAGCCCUCAUGUUGGCAUGGCAGUGGCCUUGAUAAUUUGUUUCCAAGUUGCAGACAUCUUGAUGAACAGUAACGUAUCUGGAACUUCAUUUCAGCAAGAGACUGUUCACAUCAGUACAGAAACAGAUAUCAUCUUCUAGUUUAUAAUAAUAAUAUCUCUUAUACAUAUUACGCUACUGGUAUGACUAGUGGACUGCUUCCUAAUAGACUGCUUCCUAAUCAGGGAAUUGGGUAUUGAGAGUAUAUUACAAAUCUAAAUGUUUGAAAGAAAGUAUGGUUCAAUAAUAACAUUGUGGGUGUGGGUUCAAAGCCCACUUCUGACACCAAUGUAACAAUGCUAUGUUAUUGAUAUAACAAUCCUUUGUGUAACAUUGUAAACUAAUACUUAAGCUCAUUGUAAUAGAUGGUUUGCCACUAUUAAUUGGAUAAUGAAUGAAUUCAUCUGGAGCUGUUCCUCUCUCUCACUCAAGAAGUAAUAACGUCCAAUGAGUAAUUUAUACAGUACUUUAUCACAUAAAAAUAGAUGAGUUGAAUAAUAAAUCUUGCUAUGAGUAUAUCAUUGUGACAGUGAUAGGAUGCAAUGAAUAAAUACACACAUGUUCCACAAUAUUCCAUCAGACGAUACUUUAAUAAUCCAUACGAGAAAUAAUUCAACACGUCUGCCACAUUCAAGGAAAACUCGUGCACCCUCUCCUUACUCUCUUAACGUGUAUUCUAUACCCGCUCUAGAAGCUAUUUCCCGCUUUCUCGUGAUUCACAUCAUUCUGAUAAAAUUACUACGCCAUCAUGUCAUAGGAAUGAAUAUUAAAGUCAUGUGAAAAAUUCAAAGCCAACUCGGUCUGUUACAGAGUUCAAGAGCGCGCAAAAUAUAAUUCCCGAUAACUGCGCAAAAUGAUUUUUUUUUUUUAAAUACUGCAACUGUGUUUGGUGUGUAUUAUUUUCUUUUCAGAAAAUGAAAUCGUCUCAAUUUAAGUAUGGUGUCAAAAAAAUAUUUGGUUUAAAAGUGGUUGGGACAUCAGAAUAUUUAAUAUAGUUCAUGGGCGUGAACUAAAAAGUGUGCAGUGACCUAUCAUGGGGGAAGGGGUGUAGCGAAAAUUGGGAUUCUUAAAUGUGCGUUACGUGAGUUCAUGUUUUGUCAAGUAACUUUACUAGAUGGGAAGUUCACCCUUUGCUGUCGCCAAUGUUUGGCGGGUUAUACAUUUUGUAUAUAUAUUAACAUUAUAGAUAUAUAUUUCUUAAAUUCAUGCAUAACUUAAAAUCUAGACGUGCUAGCCAGAUUCUGACUUCAUAUUUGAGAUCAUAGCGUUAAAAUCCAUAUAACCCAUAUGUUUUAAUAUCUCACUAGAGACUUCCUGGUGUCUUUGCAAUGUCUUAUAAAAUAAACUCAGAUAUUGACAACCUAAUACUUUAUGUGAAGCUAACAUUUUACAAUGCUGACUGAAUGCCCAUUUUAUUUUUAUAACAGACAUACUACAUACUGAUGCUGCUCACAGACGGGGUCCUAUCUGACAUGGACGAUGUUCGUAAUGCCAUAGUCAACGCCUCUGGUCUGCCCAUGUCCCUCAUCAUUGUAGGGGUGGGGCAGGCUGACUUUGCAGACAUGAACAGACUUGAUGGCGAUGAUGGGGUGCUCAAGUCAACCAGGGGAAUCCCAGUUAAACGGGACAUCGUGCAGUUUGUUCCUUUCAGAGAUUUCAAGCAGGUAACUUACCAACUAACCAAGGGGCUUAACUGUUUAAAGCAAAAUGUGUUAGUGAAGCUAAAACUAAUUUUGGAGGAUACAUUCCCCUCCCCCCCAACCCAUUCAGUUACCCAAGAUAACAUCCCACCCACUUCAUCACAGUUACCUAAGAUCACAUCCCACCCACUUCAUCACAGUUACCUAAGAUCACACCCCACCCACUUCAUCACAGUUACCUAAGAUAACAUCCCACCCACUUCAUCACAGUUACCUAAGAUAACAUCCCACCCACUUCAACCCAGUUACCUAAGAUCACAUCCCACCCACUUCAUCCCAGUUACCUAAGAUCACAUCCCACCCACUUCAUCACAGUUAACUAAGAUGACAUCAUUUGUGGCCAACUUUGAAUUUGCAAAGUCUAAAUAAUCACAUUGUCACUAAGGGAGUGAAGUUCUGUGGUAUAAUAUGAUGGCUGGUUGUUUUUUGUUUUUUUUUGCCCUUGAAAAACACAUUCAAAGUCUCAUGUUUAAGUCAUAAUAUUUUAAAAUAUUGUCAUGGUAAGAAAAGUUAUCUGUGCUGGAAAUGGAUAUGUUUAAUGUAUUCAAAAGACAUUUCCAUUUAUUUGGAUCAAUAAAAGAAUCUUAUCUUAUCUUAUCUUGGUGAUUUUAAAUAGUCUGAAGUUUAAACCACAUUCUCUUCAGUUAUGUAGACUUUAGUUCAAUGUUAAUAAAGUUUAGUAUAUGUUUAGCUAUUUCUGGUACCAAAAACAUUUAAUAUACUUGAAAUGAUUUUGUUUGGAAAAUAAAGCAUUCAGUUUUGUGCAUUUUAUUAUUUUAAAAAAAAAAAUUGUUAUUGAAGUUCAAACCCAUCAAGAAUUUAGAGUAAAAUAUUCCUUUUCAAACUUGAAUAGUUUCUAAAAGAGUAACAUCUGUAUCAUCCUCUUGCUCACAGAGCCAUCCUGCGGAGCUUGCUAGACAUGUAUUGGCCGAAAUCCCCAAGCAGGUCACUGGAUACUUCCUGAUGAGAAAUCUUCCACCCAACAAACCACAACCUCAGCCGGUUGCACCUAUCCAACCUCAGCCAGGGGCAUCGGUUGCACCUAUCCAACCUCAGCCAGGGGCACCGGUUGCACCUUUCCAACCUCAGCCAGGGGCACCGGUUGCACCUUUCCAACCUCAGCCAGGGGCACCGGUUGCACCUUUCCAACCUCAGCCAGGGGCACCGGUUGCUCUUCCCCCUCACCAGCCAUAAGAUUAUAACCCCUCAAGCUACUUGUCCCUUGAGCUGGUAGAAACCAUAAGUCAAAGGAUGAUCUUUUUGUUUGGGCAGUACAUGUUCAACUGACCUGUAGAGGUGUUGAUCACUGUCAAACAACAUUUCAAAACAGGUGCUGGAGGAAUAGGUGCUGUCAAUAACUCUUUAACUUAGAUGUUGUGCUCCUACAUCUAUAGCUUAUAGUUUAAUUAGUACUUGAUGUUGUAUUUCUACAUACAUAGUUUAUAGUUUAAUUAGUACUUGAUGUUUUAUUUCUACAUACAUAGUUUAUAGUUUAAUUAGUACUUGAUGUUGUAUUUCUACAUACAUAGUUUAUAGUUUAAUUAGUACUUGAUGUUGUAUUUCUACAUACAUAGUUUAUAGUUUAAUUAGUACUUGAUGUUGUAUUUCUACAUACAUAGUUUAUAGUUUAAUUAGUACUUGAUGUUGUCAACUGUGUCCUCGGGUAGGUGAUAUGCAGACCACGCUUUGUGCAGCUUUUACUUAGAUGACUUUUUUUUUUUUAAUGCAUUUAUUUAUUUGUAUUUGUGUCAGAAAAGCUGACAAUUUUUAAAAUCCAUGCCAGGUUGGCAGCUAUGAUCUAAAUGUGGUGGUAUUUUUUUAAAAAUCCAUGCCAUUUUGGCAGGCUGUGUUAUAAAUUUGAUGUUUGAGUUUUUUAUUUUACUCUGGGCUCACUUCCUCUCUAAGAAUAACUGUCUUCAUUGAGCUACAGGUUCCAGGUCCACUAGCUUGUCCAUAAUCGAGGACAAUGCCAGAUGAAUGAGUUGUUUAUGAAUGUUACUGUAAACAUUGCUGACUUUAAAACUAAUGAUUUAAUAGAAAAUGAAAGAAUUACCAUCUCAGCCAAUUGUGAGCCAUGAAUAUUGUCAAGUUAUUCAUUUAUAUGUGGCCAGUUUAUUCAACUUUUAUGUGGCAAGUAAUUCAACUAUAGGAAUAGUUAUUCAACUAUAUGUGGCAAUUUAUUUAACGCCAUGUGGCCAGUUAUUCAACUAUAUGUGGCAUCUUAUUCAACUGCAUAUGGCCAGUUAUUCAACUAUAUGUGGCAACUUACUCAACUGAAUGUCAAGAUAAAAUCAAAUAAUAAUUACUUGCCAAAUAAAGCCAAUACAAAGCAACACUUAUACUGUUUGAAAUCAGAAAUUUAUUUGUUGUAAAAAUAAUUUUAGUGUUACAUAAUUAUAUUUAGGGAUUAGUCUUAAAUUGACAAUCAAUGAGAAUUACAAUGUAUGUGAACUUUUAAUCAUUGUACCAUGUUAUAAUCUAAGACUCACUGAGAUUGACUUGCCUUUAGUUUUUUUCUUACUUCCAUUUGUGUACAGGGAAUGUGACACUGUUUACUGUAUUACAUUUAUAUAUUCAGUGAUGAAGUAAUUUUUACUUUCUUUUUAACAUAAUUUUUUGAAAUUCCUAGCUACUUCUCAUUUUUUUACAGCUUAGUCUAUUUAUAAUAUUUAAAUGUAUACAUUGUGUAAUAUCCCACAGCUGCUGCCUCUUACUGAGGCUUCAUUGAUUUUUUUGCACUAUUUACCAAAGGGAACCUGUGAGUUCAUUAAUCUGUAUUGAAUUAUGUUUUUAUGUUAUAUCAAAUGAGAGUUUUGGUAACUUGUGUUUCCAAUAUUAUUUCUAGCUAUUUGAUCAAAGUGUGCAACAUGCAGGAACUAGUGUCAGGUUAUUAUUGGCCACCUUUUACUUGAUCAGUUUAGUGGUCCAUUUAAUAGUAACAUAAUAAUUCUCAAUAUUCCUGGAUAUUAAAUGUUAAAAAUUGUUUAAUGUUGCCGUUUUGUGUUCAGGAAAAUACAUGUUUGCUCAGAAUUAAUGUAUGGAUGUUAACGGUUAUUUUUUAAUUAUACAAAUGGUUUUAUUGCUUUGCCUAACAUAAAAUCACAUGCAGUGAAAAUUGUACACUUUUUUUUUUUAUACCUGAG